AUGAUUUGGAUAUGUGAUGAAUGCAAAAAAGAUAAGCACAAAAAAUGUCGAGAUAGAAUCAUUUGUGAUUGUUCAUGCAAUAUUAAUGGUACUGCUGAUAAGAUUCAGAAAGCUGCAGCUAUCGUAGGAGGAGCAGGAUUAGCUGUUGGUGGUUUAGCAUUAACUAUAUGUACUGGUGGUAUAGGUGCAGUCCUUAUUGGUGGUGCAAUGUUAGGUGCUGGUGUUAGUUCCACUUUCCAUGGAGCUGAAAAAGCAAUUAAAAAACAAAGAAUAGACGGUACAAUGUUCGUUGCUGAUGUUGCUUUUGGUGCUGUGACAGGAGUAGCAACUGGUGGAAUGGGUGCAAUAGGUGAAACUGUUGCCACAAAUGUAGUUAAACAAGGUGUUAAAGAAGUUGCAAAAGUCGGAGCAAAAAAACUUGCUGUACGAGCUGCUACUGGUGUUGUAACUGGAGUCGCAACAAAAGCAAUAGAUGAAGUUAAACAAUGUUCGACAACAGAUAAAAAAUGGUCAGAUUAUGGAAAAAGUUUUGAUAAAAAUGGUAAUAAAAAUGGAACAGCAGCUGCAUGGGUUACAGGUGCUCUUGUUGGUGGAUUAGGUGGUGCAAGUACUCAUAUUAGCUCUAAUUUAACGAAAGAAGUUUCAAAUGGUGUUGCAAAAAGUGUUGCACGUAUUGCUGUAAGUGGAACAACUGCAGCAUUAAGUGAUGCAACCGUUCAAGGUGCAACUAUAAUUACUGGAAAUCAAGAUCAUUAUGAUGUUAAACGAACUAUUAAAAGUGCUACGGCAAGUACAAUAAUGGCAACAGCUCAAGAAGGAACAAAAAAUGCUAUAUAUAAUAUUAAUGGUGGGAAAAACAAUAUGUUAAUCCACAAACCAAACAAAGAAGCUAUGGAAAAUAUUCCUGAACAAGGUAGACAAGAGGCAAUAAAGGAAUCAGACAAAUUAAACAAAUUACCUCAAAAUUUAUUAAAUGAUGGAAGAACAACUGCUAAAAUACGUACUGAUUUAAACGACGUUCACGAAACUCAAAAGACAAUAAUACAAAAUUAUGAUGUACAGAUUGAAGAAGUUCGUAUUCUAAAACAAGAUGCACAGAAAGUAGGAAAUAUUAAUCAGAUUAAAGAGUAUUCAAGUAAAUAUCAGCAAUUAAAAUCUGAUCGAAAAAUUGCUGGUCAAGAUCUUACUCGUAUUGAACAGAAAAUUGGACAAAAUCCUCCUUAUUAUAUGGAUGAUCAAAGUCAUGCACAUUUUCUUGACAAGAAAAAAUUUGGUCAAGUAUCCGUUGAUAUUAACAAACCUAAUCCUACAGAGAGAGGUCAAAAUAGAGUAAUAUUCGAUCGUGGUGUUGAUAGCAAAGGGCAAGACGUAUUCCUAUAUUCUGAUCAUACAUUUGCACAUGAUUAUGAAACUACACGUGGCUUUGGUAAAGGAGAUUGUUAUAAAAAUUAUACUACGCAUACCAACAUCAUAAAAGCAACAAAUGAAGUGACAAAUAUUUUUAUGUGUAAUGAUGCAUCAAAAAUCAAAGAAGAACAAGAAUUUUAA